AUGGAGAAAACCAGUGGUCUAGUGGCUAGCAACAAUGAAGACAACGAAAAGGAAGAGCUUCAUAAACUGGUCGAGAGACAGAGAGAUGCGAUGACGAAGCUUGAAACACAUGUCGACACACUAUCAGCCUUACCGGAGAGCGAGAAAAAAGAGAAGCUCUGGGUAAUGAUUCAAAUGGCGAAUGAUAUUAUCAGACGCAUAAAGAGCAAGUCAUCCCUCUUCAUGAGGAAAACGUGCGUUGAACAAUAUGAAGUAUCGGUAGAUAUGAUAGGGAAUACUAUCAAAAUGAUCACGGAUGACAACAGUGGUCUAGUGGCUAGCAACAAUGAAGAUGACGAAGAGGGCAAACUGCUAGGGGAAGAACUUGGUGAACAUGCGAAAAAGCAGCUUAUGGGAAUAAUGGAUACGGCGGCAUCUAUCGUAAAGAUCACGGAUGACAGUGGAAUUAGGGGAAUUAUCAAUAUGGUAACAGAUGGCAACCAUACACAACUUUCUGGAUGGAUGGAUAAUCAGACUCUGCAAACACUCUCUAGAGACUUCAUAAAUCCGAACGGCUUGGGCCGUAAUAAGGAUAGCUAA